AUGGUUAAGGGACACAACUCCCUUACCAGUUGUGUCAGCGCGUGCUGUUCACACCCGCAACAUGACAAUGCGCCCAUUGACUUUCGCGUCCCUGAGCAACCAUCGAAAUCACUGUUUUGCCCUCGCUCUUACGAUCCCGCUUCUGUGCCGUCUAUGCCUGUUAUUGCCUGCCCCUCACAAAUGGACAAACGACAGUUGGCGCAUCAUAUUGGUUCAGUUUGGGAAAUCCCGCCCCUCCGAACCUUUCUUUGUCCUGGAUCAACAAGUGCUUUGGGCUGUUACCGGUUGCCCACAAGGCGUUUGCGAAUCUGGCUGUUGAUAUCGAUUAUCCGAUCAUUCAAGAAAUCGGCUUCUUCCGCGAAGAAUCAUCUGAAGGGAAUUGAAAUCGGUUCUGGCAAGAACCAUAACAAGAUUACCCACAAUUUGGAGGGUGGAUUUAGCAGUGGAAGUGAGAAAUCAAAGGAUUUCUCUGGGAAAGAAAGGGUUCUUGGAGAGGCUAUUAAUGAACUAAGAAGUGUAGGAUUCUGGGUGUGUGGAAUUGUUCUCUCAGCUGUAGCCGGCGAUGCCGGCUCGUAUAUGGAAAUCAGGAAAAAAUCAUGCGGGUCUCCUGGAUCUCGCUCGGUUCUUCUCCCGGUAGAUUCAAAAAUCGGUGAGAAACUCCCGGUUUUGAAGGAGGUGAAUGAGAUCAACGAUGCUGUGGGUGAUCUUCUUGCUGCUUCCGACUCUGAAGAUGCUGCGAAAGAUGAUGCGGCCAUGGAGUUACAGAAGAAGGUGGAUUCGUUCCAGAAAGGAUUGGACGAUCUGAGCAAGGAGGUUGAUGAUAUGUUUAACAAGGUCAUGACACAGAGAAACGAAUUGAUUGACUGCUUCAGAUUCAGAGACCGAUCACCUAGGAAAAAAUCCGUUGCUUGAUCUGAAUUUUACCGUUCAAGAUUGACAGGAUUAUGUUUUUUUUUUUAGUUUUUUUCUUUUUUAAAGGGUCUUUGUCCUUUGGGUGUAUUGAUGUUAGUAAUGCUAAUAAUAAUAUAUGUAAAUAUUUUGUAAUUUCUUUGCGUAAUAGUAGUACAGUGAUUUUGUACUUAUCUUUGAAGAAUAUAUGAUUUUUCAAAAGAAA